CGGAAUGGAACAGGUGGAUUCCGAAAAGAACCAAAGGGAUGAGAUUGUAGGUUACUGGUCCCUCGGGGGCAUGUUUAACUCGAGAAAGACAGUAGAGGGUAGGGCUGCGUAUCGAUAUCGACUUUUUUACGAUACGUGUGUUGCAAAACGAUAUUUCAUGAUACUGUAAAGCAAGGUGAUUUAUUGGGUUAUUUACAUUUUUGGAACAGGUAUAAUUUACGGAAAUCUGUCAUACAGAACACACCACCAUAUACAAACAUGAGCGAAAAAUGUAAUAAUUUAUAUAUUUAGAGCACAGUGAAUUUUACAUUUUCAUUAAUUACAUAUGAAAUAACACCGUGCUAAGCCUUAACCUCUGAAACCUACCCAUACCUUGAAACCUGUGCCAGCCAUAGUCGUAUCACACCCCAGUGGCAUCAAGUGUUUUUUUAACAUGGUCGGUAAAGACGCCUAAUAUGACGUGAGAUUGAUGAAAAUUCCAAUAAGUCAACGAGUCAGUCAAGGCUCCAGGUGGAUAUUAAGGCAAACAUUAUUGGUGUGCCCUUAUGCUAGUACGUCAUUGUUUAAGUUCAGAGAUAAGAAAACUAUCCAUCUUGCGGUCAGGUUAUAAUCGAAUACUAAUUGAAAUGAAACAACUGCCGUGAAUUUUGUAUGAAUUUUAAAAUAUAUACCGAUAUUGUGGUAUUGAGAAUCACAGUAUCGCUAAAGAAAAUAUCGCUAUACUCACGUGUAUUGCUAUUUUCUUACACCCUUAGUAGAGAUUUGAUAGGGAGGAUGAUAUAGAGAUGAUUAGAUAUCCUUGUUGUUACUUAACGUUAAAGACGUUGUACAGUGUGUUCAGGGUGCAAGUAGGGACUCAGGAACACAGACAUGAGGGACCUCUGGGAUAAGAGAAGGCCCACCGCACCAGAAUCACCAAACCUGAGUAAAACCAGAGCAGGGGGAUGACAGCAUCCGAACAUCUCUGUUCACCAAAAGCCUCUAUAUCAACGGUCCCUCCAGAUCUGCUCUUUUCCCUAAGAAAAACCCACCGACAAAAGGAUUGACCAAAUGCAUGUUUUCAGCCGAGACCUGAACACUAAGAGAGCGUUUGAGUCCUGAAAGCAGCUUGUCGUUUAGCAGGAAAUGUUAAUUUGAAGAUGGACCAGCAGGCCCAGUCCUAUAUGCUUGCCAGUCUGAUGCGGCCUCACUCGGAGCAGCUGUUGCAAGGCCUACAGCUGUUACGGCAAGAUCGCGAGCUGUGCGACAUUGUGCUCCGCGUGGGCGAUGCCAAGAUCCACGCCCACAAAGUGGUGCUGGCCAGCAUCAGCCCGUACUUUAAGGCCAUGUUUACUGGCAACCUGUCCGAGAAGGAGACCUCGGAGGUUGAGUUUCAGUGCAUCGACGAAGCUGCAUUGCAGGCCAUCGUGGAGUACGCGUACACAGGCACGGUUUUCAUCUCGCAAGAAACGGUGGAGUCUCUCCUCCCAGCUGCCAAUCUCCUGCAGGUGAAACUCGUGCUCAAAGAGUGCUGCAGCUUUCUCGAGAGCCAGCUGGACGCGGCGAACUGCAUCGGCAUCUCGCGCUUCGCUGAAACCUACGGCUGCCACGACCUCUGUCUGGCGGCCACUAAGUUUAUCUGCGAGAACUUCGAGGAGGUCUGCCGGACGGAGGAGUUCUUUGAGCUGACCAGGGAGGAGCUGGACGAGAUCGUGUCAAGCGAUUGCCUCAGAGUGCUCACGGAGGAGACGGUCUUUUACGCGCUCGAGUCAUGGAUCAAGUACGACCCAAGCGAGAGGCAGCAGUAUCUGGCCCAGCUGCUGCACAGCGUGCGGCUGCCUUUGCUCAGUGUCAAGUUCCUGACGCGCCUCUACGAGGCCAAUCACCUCGUCCGGGACGACCACGCGUGCAAGCAUCUUCUCAACGAGGCCCUGAAAUACCAUUUCAUGCCAGAGCACAGGCUUUCCUACCAGACGGUGCUGUCCACCAGACCACGCUGUGCGCCAAAGGUUCUUGUUGCAGUCGGAGGCAAAGCUGGACUUUUCGCCACUCUGGAAAGUAUGGAGAUGUACUUCCCUCAGACGGACUCGUGGAUCGGCCUGGCCCCGCUCAACAUGCCCCGCUGUGAGUUCGGCGUUGCCGUCCUGGACCAGAAGGUCUACGUGGUGGGCGGUAUCGCCACACACAUGCGGCAGGGCAUCAGCUACAGGCGGGACGAGAGCACUGUGGAGAGAUGGGAUCCUGAAAGCAACACCUGGUCGUCAGUGGAGUGCAUGGCGGAGUGCAGGAGCACGCUAGGGGUCGUGGUAUUAGCCGGGGAACUUUAUGCGCUCGGGGGCUAUGAUGGCCAGUACUACCUCCAGUCGGUGGAGAAAUACGUGCCCAAGUUGAAAGAGUGGCAACCCGUCGCACCCAUGACCAAAUCGCGCAGUUGCUUCGCCACCGCGGUGCUGAACGGUAUGGUUUAUGCUAUUGGAGGCUACGGUCCUGCUCAUAUGAACAGUGUGGAGCGCUAUGACCCAAGCAAGGAUUCCUGGGAAAUGGUGGCAUCCAUGGCUAACAAGAGGAUCAACUUUGGCGUGGGAGUCAUGUUAGGGUUUAUUUUCGUCGUCGGCGGACACAACGGAGUGUCGCAUUUAUCCAGCAUCGAACGAUACGACCCGCAUCAGAACCAGUGGACAGCCUGCAGGCCGAUGAACGAACCUCGCACAGGGGUUGGCUCCGCAGUCGUGGACAACUGCCUGUACGUGGUGGGGGGUCAUUCGGGGUCGUCGUACCUAAACACGGUGCAGCGCUAUGACCCCAUCUCAGACAGCUGGCUCGACUCCAGCGGCAUGAUGUACUGCCGCUGUAACUUCGGCCUGACCGCCCUUUGACCCCUGGGGCAGUCUUAGGGUACUUGUUUUAAAAGAAAGACAAAAAAAAAGAUUUUUUUUGCAUUUCUUUUACCUACUCCCCAGCCAUCCUCGGAACUACGUUCCUCAGAAGGUUGCCGCAGCCAUGUGGAAACCGGUCCAGGAAAAGGAGAGCUCUGCUUUUUUUUCCCGGGAUUUUGGGGUUUCGGAGAAGUAAAGAGAGACAUUUUUCUUUUUUUUUUGCUAACAGGAGCCGAGCUGUAAGAGCUCUGCAUAGGACACAAAGGUGCUGAAUGGCAGGAGACACCAGUCAUGGCGUCGUGGCAUUGGUCUGCGGCUACGACAUUUAUUCUGUUUAACGGAACUACAGGUGCAACGAGCAUCUAAAAUUUCUAUAGGUCUGCAGGUCUGUGCCUGGAGAUGAUGCGUAUGCAUGGCCAUGAAAGGGAUGUGUGCGCGUGCACGUGCAGGACAAGCACUCACCGGCUGAGUUUGAAAUGUUUGCAUCUAAAGUAGUGGGUCACAAAAAAAGCGGAAAAAAACAACAAAACUUUUUACUCUUAAAAAGGGCUGCCUUUCUUUAAACCUGUAAAUACAUCGACUAAAGAAUAUAGAUUAUAUCCUCCAGUGCAUUGCCUGUAAAUGUUACCUGCACUGGUGCGUGUGUGUGUGCGCGCGCACGUGUUUGCGUGCGUUCGUGGUCCACAUAUAUAUCAAUGUUUCACUGCAGUCUCUUAAAAAAUUCUUCCAGGUUCUACACGUCUCUUCCUCGGUAGCUUGUAGAGCACAUCUUUUAGUUUUAUUUAUUUUUUUAUGUCGACGUCUCGAUUCUACGACUUUUCUUUAUUCGUCGAACGCGAGUCGCCUAUUUUUCUUCUUUCUUUUUUUGAGGUGUGGGAGUCAAAAGUAAAACUCUACUGGUGCUAGUUAAUAAUUCAGGAUUCGUUUUUUUUUCUCCGUCAGUUCUUUUCUUUGUCGGUCGUUCAAUCAUUAUUUUUUAUUCGUUCUGCAUGUUGGUCAUCUUCUGGUAUUGUUUAAAAAAAAAAACGCUCCAUCAAGCCCUGUGCAAUAACAUCAUUCAAAUGAAUCAUGUCCACAUGAAGUCAAGUGUAUUCUCUGCUGUUGUAUGUCAAAUAUGUUCAGUAGAAUUCAGUGAAAGUCACUAAAAGCAAAUACCUGUU